AUGGUCUUUUUUAUUUCCUUCUGGGAGAAUGAGCGUCAGGAGCAAAAGAAAGGAGUGGACUAUCAAGCACUGCUUUCCGCACGAAAUGGUGAACUCGACCAGCCAAUCAAAGAAGUAUGGUCAUGCAAUACGAAUCGAAGGGUUAGGGAGGUGUCUGACGAGGCUGAAGGAGCUGCUGUUCUCAAGGUUGAGGGCGAGGUCGACAAGAAAGAGAAGAAAACAAGAUCAAAAUGUAUGUCAAAAGAAGAGGGAAAAAUCGGACAAGGAAACAAGAGCAGGCAGGUAGGCAACCGGGUUGUUUGCCCCGGGCUGGCAAGGACAGGGAAGGAUAGCUAUUUUGGAGACUGGAGACAGCUGGACUGGGCCACUGGGAGAGGAGAAGCCAGGCCUGAAACUCCUUGGGAGCCCGGCUACAGUCAACUCCUGCGCAACCUGUGGCUUCCAGAACAAGCGGGGGCAGCCGUGCCCCAUAAAGCGUGUCAUUCCCUUAGCUAA